AAAGGAAAUGAAUUUUACAAACAAAAAAAAUUUCAAGAAGCUUUGCAAGAAUAUGAUGAAGCUAUUAAGAUAAACCCAAAUGAUAUUAUGUACCAUUAUAACAAAGCGGCAGUUUAUAUAGAAAUGAAAGAAUUCGAUAAGGCUGUCGAAACUUGUGUGCACGCUAUAGAAAAUAGAUACAAUUUUAAGGCCGAUUUUGCUCAAGUAGCAAAGGUGUAUAAUCGACUAGCCAUCAGCUAUGCCAACAUGAAGAAUUACGAUAAAGCUAUUGAGGCGUAUAGAAAGUCGCUCGUUGAAGAUAACAACAGAGCUACAAGAAACGCCCUAAAAGAACUGGAAAGGAAAAAAGAAAAAGAAGAAAGGGAGGCCUAUAUCGAUCCCGAAAAAGCAGAAGAACACAAAAAUAAAGGAAAUGAAUACUUUAAAAAUAAUGACUAUCCUAAUGCUAAAAAGGAAUAUGAUGAAGCUAUUAGGAGAAAUCCAAAUGACGCUAAGUUGUACUCCAAUAGAGCUGCUGCAUUGACCAAGUUGAUAGAAUAUCCAUCGGCCCUGGAAGAUGUAAUGAAGGCCCUUGAACUCGAUCCCAAUUUUGUCAAGGCGUACAGCAGAAAGGGAAACCUACACUUUUUUAUGAAGGACUAUUACAAAGCUUUGCAGGCCUACAAUAAAGGACUGGAGCUGGACCCCAACAAUAAGGAAUGCCUCGAGGGGUACCAAAGAUGUGUGUACAAAAUUGACGAAAUGUCUAAAUCCGAAAAGGUAGAUGAAGAACAAUUCAAGAAAUCCAUGGCUGACCCUGAAAUCCAGCAGAUCAUUUCUGACCCACAAUUCCAGAUCAUUUUGCAGAGGCUCAACGAAAAUCCGAAUUCCAUUUCGGAGUAUAUAAAGGACCCCAAGAUUUUUAAUGGCCUGCAGAAGUUGAUCGCCGCGGGGAUACUGAAGGUGCGGUAG